CUUUCCCCUUUCGCCGUGUGCCAACUAUCCCCUCGGUCGCCACGGAAUUAUUCACUUUGCCUGUACGUUCGACAACGACGCACGCUAGCGACCUUAGACUUCAGCCUCCGAUAAUCGGAAUAAAUCAAAGCAAUCACAAUGGCAGAAGAAUACCUUUACGGAGUCACGUUGGACGGCGCCAAGACCAGCGAGGUUUGGGAUCCAGAACCAAAAAAUGAAGACUCUGACAGCAAUCAACAAUUUGGCGUAGAUCAAAAACUCAUCAUCAAAAUGGCACUUUUGGGACCAGAAGCUAAGCCUGGUGAACUGAAUGUUCUCCAAGUAGAAGCCAUGGGACUCAAAGGACCGAUAAAAAUUCCCAUUGCUCUCCUGGAAAUGGGAAAGACUUCACAAAUUAUUCUUGACCUCAGUUUCCCAGAUCCACCAGUAACCUUUUCGCUUAUCAAAGGAAGCGGGCCAGUUCACAUAGUUGGACAUAAUCUCCUUGCUACACAUAUCGAUGAAUUUGAAGACAUGGAGGAUGAGGAAGUUGAGGUUGAACAUUAUGAAGAUGAAGACGAUGAGAAGGACCAAGAAGAUGAAGAGGAAGAAGAUGAUGAGCCAAAAAAAAAGAAGAAUAAGAUUGCUGGACCACCCAAAAACAAAAACCAAGUAAACAAGAACCAAAACCAAAAUCAAAAAAAGAAGUAAAUUUGGUUGAAAUAUAGCUACGAAAAAUCACAAGAUCACGUAUAUUAAAAUAACUGUAAGUUUACUAUUAGCAUUUUGUAAAAGUGACAUCGUUUUAUUAUCACUUCCAACGACAAGCGCUCGGUAGUUAAUAUUGAUAAUGGAUCAUUAUAUUGUGAUUCUGGUGUGGAUUCUGAAGCAAGUGGUUUAUUUAUAAUUUAUUAACAAAUUAAUUGAGAAACUAAACAUUAAAAUAGCUGUCACGCAGAAUAUUAUUAAAUUUUAAGAAACAGUAGGCUUGUACUUUUUAUCGUUUAUUUUGUACAGCACUUUGUUUAAACUAUAAUGCUAGCUUCAGAAUCAUGCAACAAUACAUUUUCGAGUGCUGAAGAAAAAUCCAUUUUGUUAUAGUGCAUAAACUUUCAUAUACAUUCAAUUUCACAAGGCAGAAAAAAAAGCAUAUUUUUUUAAGUAUACAUUUUUCAUCUUUAGGAAUACACAUGUAUAGUUUAAUUUUAGACACGAAGAAGUUGUUCUUAUUCUUAUCUAAAAUGAAUAAAUUUUUCAUCAAAAACUCAGUUUUGUGGCUGCUUAACAAGAGCAGAAUUGAAAAAAAUAGAAAAAAAAACUCGUUUACCGAUUUAUAAUGUACAAAGCAUCAAUUGAUUUUUACGCUGUUCUUGCAUUAUUAGCGAGGAAACGAGUAUGAGUGACCAUUGGAUUGUUCGUGUCAAUCUAAAAACAAACUUAGGGCUAAUGAUCAAAUGUCUUGAAUUUGUUUUUGAAGGCAUUGAAGCGAUUAUAAUUGAGAAUAGUCCAAUUGAUAAUUGAUAGUGUGAAAAGGGAGACUAGAAGUAUUCGUAUUUGUGCUAAAACAUUUUGCAAUGGGAAUAAGCUGACCAGAACUAAAUAACAUUUUAUUUUGCAAUAAAUCCUCAUAAUGGGUAGACGCUGUGUAUUUUACAAAUAUAACUAAACUUCUUUAUUUGUGUGAAUGAUUAUAGUGUGUACAUUCAUUUUGUACAUAUAUGAAAUAAACGAAAUAAA